AUGUAUGCAGAAUUACAGUUCAAUAAUUUAUCAAUAAUUCGAAAAGAUGAUUUCAAAUUACUUCGACAAUUACGAAUAUUAAAUUUACAGGAUAAUCAAAUUCAUACGAUUGAUGGAGAAUCAUUUCGAGACUUAGUAUCAUUGGAAAAAUUGGAUCUCAGUUCAAAUCGUUUACGAGCCGUUAAUCAAGGAAUGUUUCAAGGAUUGGUUGAAAUUGAUAAUUUUACAGUCAACUACAACAAUUUGACAACAUUACCAUUGUUGCCUUUUGCACGAUUACUUGAUUUGAGAGUGUUGAGAUUGCAUGAUAAUCCAUUUAUUUGUGAUUGUCGUUUAUUGUGGUUAGCAAAAUAUUUAAAAUUACAUCCGUAUCUUGGUUUAAAUGCUCGAUGUCAACAACCGGAUACGUUAAACUAUAAAGAUAUAACAUCUCUUGUUGAAGAAGAAAAACAAUGUAGUAGUAUGGAUGCUGAUGAUAUUGAAUAUACAUGUAAUGUUCCAAUUUGUCCGUAUCCAUGUUCAUGUUUCAAUGGUGUUGUCGAUUGUAAAGAUAAAGAAUUAAAUGAAAUUCCAAGAAACAUUCCAGAUACGACAAUUGAAUUACGAUUGGAAAAGAAUAGAAUUAUUGAAAUACCACCAAAAGUAUUUAGUCAUUUGAAAAAAUUACGACGAUUAGAUUUAAGCAAUAAUAUGAUAUCAUCUGUUUAUCCAGAUUCAUUUACGGGAUUAAAAUCAUUGAAUUCUCUGCAUUUAUAUAACAAUCAACUAAUGUAUUUACCUCGUGGCAUUUUCAAUCAACUUUCGCAUUUACAAUUAUUUAUUAUUUUUCAUAAUAUAUUUAAUAUAUUUUAUAGAUUAUUAAAUGCAAAUAAAAUAACGUGUGUACGUGGAGAUGCAUUAGAAGGAUUAGAAAAAUUGAGUCUACUAUCUUUGUAUGACAAUCAAUUAAAAACAUUGGCAAAUGAAACAUUUACACCAUUGAAAAGUAUUCAAACAUUACAUUUGGCUCGUAAUCCAUUUAUAUGUGAUUGUCAUUUGAGAUGGUUAAAUGCCUAUUUAAGAGAUAAACAAAUUGAAACAAGUGGUGUAAGAUGUGCAGCACCACGACGAAUGGUCAAACGAAAAUUUGGUGUUUUAAGUGAUAGAAAAUUUCGUUGUCGAAAUCGAGCAGAAUAUGAAUUAACAGCACAUAGUGCUCAAUGUGGAUUAAGAUGUCCAAAAUUUUGUCAAUGUAAUGGUACAACAGUAACAUGUCGUGGACAACAAUUACAAGAAAUUCCAAAUGAUAUACCAAUUUUUACAACAGAAUUACAUUUACAAGAUAAUCAAAUAAAACGUGUACCACGUGAUGGAAGUUUUCGACGUCUAAGAAGUUUACGAAAACUUGAUUUGAGAAAUAAUCGUUUAGAAGAAAUUGAUGAUGAUGCAUUUGAUGGUGCUUCUGCUUUAAACGAAUUAUUUUUAACGGAAAAUAAUAUUCAAACAAUUACACCACAGACAUUUAAUGGUUUAAAAAAUAUAAAAACAUUAAUGUUACGCACAAAUAAAUUAACGUAUAUUAAAAAUGAUACAUUUUUGGAUAUGGACGCAUUGAAAACGUUAUCAUUACACGAUAAUCGAAUUAAAUGUAUUCAACCGGGCUCAUUUGAUCGUCUAAGAUCAUUGGCAGCAUUAGAUUUAUUAUCAAAUCCAUUUGUUUGUAAUUGUCAUAUGAAAUGGCUCAAAGAUUGGUUGAAACAAAGUAAAAUUGUUACUGGUUAUCCAAAAUGUAUGUCUCCGACAAAAUUACGUAAUAUUCCUAUUGUUAAUUUAACUGAUGAUGAUUUUGUUUGUGAUCCAACUGAAGUUGAUGAAUGCGAUGUUAGCUAUCCUACUCAUUGUCCAAAAAAUUGUUCAUGUUAUAAUCAUGUUGUUCGAUGUAGUCAUGCACAAUUAACAAAAGUACCAUUUAUUGAUAUGCCAGUUGAUACAGAAGAAUUAUAUUUGGAUGCAAAUGAUAUUCAAGAUAUUCCAUCUGGAAUUGGUCGUUUAACCUAUUUAGUACGAAUUGAUCUAAGCUACAAUAAAUUACGAUCAAUACCGGAUAAAAUAUUUGAAAAUUUAACGAGACUUGAAACAUUAAUUUUAAGUUAUAAUAAAAUUAAAUGUAUCGAAGCAUCAUCAUUUAAAGGAUUAAAAAGUCUUAGAAUAUUAUCACUUCAUGGAAAUGAUAUAUCAACAAUACCGGAAGGUUCAUUCAAUGACUUACAAGCCUUAUCUCAUGUUGCUCUAGGAGUUAAUCCAUUAUAUUGUGAUUGUAAUUUGGGAUGGUUAUCAUCUUGGAUUAAAACUGAUUAUGUUGAACCUGGUAUUGCAAGAUGUGCUGGUCCUCCACAAAUGGCCAAUAAACUUUUACUAACAUCUCCUAUAUUCUUUUUUCAAUGUUAUAACGACAGUGAAUCAAAUCGAUAUAAACAAAAAUGUGAUCCAUGUCUAAAUGAUCCGUGUUUAAAUAACGGUACAUGUAGUACAGUGUCAUUUGAACAAUAUCAGUGUUAUUGUAUGUCCGCUUAUCAUGGUGAACGAUGUGAAAUGGUUAUUGAUGCAUGCUUUGAUAAUCCAUGUAAAAAUAAUGGACGUUGUGAAGCAUUAACAGAUGGACGCUUUCGAUGUCAUUGUGUGACAGGUUUCACAGGUUAUCGAUGUGACAUAAAUAUCAAUGACUGUUUUCAACAUCGAUGUGUAAAUAAUGCCACUUGUAUGGAUAAAAUAAAUGAUUAUGAUUGUUUAUGUCCGCCAAUGUUUACAGGACGAUAUUGUGAAAAAAAAUUGAAUUGGUGUGAUACAAAUUUGAAUCCGUGUUUAAAUAAUGGUCGUUGUGUACGUUUGACAAAUGGUAGUUAUAAUUGUAUGUGUCAACCAGGUUUCAAAGGACAAAAUUGUUCUGUAAAUUUUGAUGAUUGUCAAUCACAUCAUUGUCAAUUUGGAAUAUGCGUUGAUAAACUCAAUGGAUAUGUUUGCCAAUGUGAUGUAGGAUUCACCGGCAAAUUUUGUGAAAUACCACCUAUUAUUGCACCAUAUCAACAGAGUUCAGAAGCACAACGUUGUUCAACUGAUUUUUGCUUAAAUAAUGGUGCAUGUUAUGAGAGAAAUGGAUCGAUUAAAUGCAAAUGUCUAAAUGGAUUUAUUGGUGAUCGUUGUGAUAUAUUGAAAAGUAUUACGUUAAAUACAAAUGAUUCUUAUGUUAAAUUACAAAAAUUAAAUGUUUAUCCAAGAUCAAAUAUUACUAUUGUAUUUAGUACAACAAAUAGUACCGGUGUAUUAGUGUAUUUUGGAAAUAUUGGACAUAUGGUAGCCGAACUAUUUAUGGGAAGAGUAAGAGUUAGCUACGAUGUUGGAAAUUCACCGGGAUCAGUUAUGUUUAGUUAUGACACUGUCAAUGAUGGUAAAAUUCAUGAACUACAAUUGAUAUCAACAGGACAAAAUUUUAGUUUGACAGUUGAUCGAGGUUAUACGCGUCACAUAUUUAAUCGUGGACAACGAAAAUAUUUAAACAUAACUGAAAGUUUGUAUGUUGGUGGUUUGCCAAAUGAAUUAACAAAUCGUGCAUUGAGUCUAUGGCAUAUUCGAGAGGCAACAUCAUUUCAAGGUUGUAUUCACGGUUUAUAUAUCAAUAGUGAUGCAGUUAAUUUUCAAAAUGUUGAUUAUCGUCAUAAAAUAUUACCAGGAUGUAAUGAUAAUGAUCUGAUGAAUAAGACAUGUUCACAAACAACUUGUCAACAUGGCCAAUGUCUACUAGAUGGAUUAUCGUAUAGAUGUGUAUGUCAUGAAGAUUACAGAGGCAUUACAUGUAGUGAAGCUGUUCCAGCACCCUUGUCAUGUGGUUUAGCGAUUGAAACUGCCUAUUACAUUGAUCCAUUAACGAAAUGUCAAAGUAAUCGACGUUUAAGAUUGACUAAAUGUAUCGGGACAUGUUCAACAACACGCCCGCCAUCUUUAACUACAAAACAAUUUAUAACAGAUAAUAAUAUCUUAAACUCCACAUCUACAUGUUGUACUCCUGUUGAUUCUAAACGACGUUUUUUUCGAAUGACAUGUUCGAGUGGUUUCACCUAUAAACAAUCAUUAGACUUUUUUAAAGAAUGCAUAUGUUCAUCUUCUUCUUGCAGUAGAAGACUCUCAGGGGAAUUAAAAUUUUGA